AUGAAAGGCGACAAGGAAUUCAGCGGCACUCUUCUCGGUUUCGAUGAUUACGUCAAUAUGGUUCUCGAGGAUGUGACUGAAUUCGACUACUCUGGCAACCACACCAAGCUCUCCAAGAUCCUGUUGAAUGGGAAUAACAUCUGCAUGGCACGUCUUCUCACCAGACCGUUUGAGAGAUGA